AUGCAGCUUGCGAUCCUUCUCUGUAAGAGCACCGAAAUCGGCAAAAUAGCUUCUCAGCUCCGCAUUCAGUCUAUACUCUCACCUACGGACCCAGAGGGUGACAAAGAAUCCAACGCAUCUCCAAAAGCUUCAAUAACUUCGAAAAGAAAGCUCGAAGAAUUAUCCUCAGCCCAAGAGGGCACGUCACCGGCGUCAAUCUGGCAUGCUCAACAUGACGAGCAGUAUAGACCUGAUGCCGGUGAUGAUAACUCUCCGGGUAGACUCACGCCAGCCACCUCUGAUGAGAAAGCUGGAAGGAGAGGAUCACGAAUAAAACAGCCGAUUCGAUCUAGCAUUGCUUGUCUGCGAUGUCGAAGAUCAAAGAUCAAGUGUGACAAUGAUGGAGGCAAUAGCCCGUGCGACACGUGUGUUAAAGGAGGACAUCAGUGUCAAUAUCCAGAAGCAGUUCCUCCUCCGCCAAAACGAAACGAUUCCCCUCCAACAGGGAAGCCCGAAAAAGAACCACAGCAGGAGAAAAAGCGAACCAGGAAGGGAGAUGAUAUACCCAAAUGGAGCAGCAAAAGAUCAGCCGUAUACGCAGCCGAAGUUCUCGCAUAUCCCUUUUUAACGACGGAACUAUGGGAUCAGUUGCUCAACAUUUACAAACUACACUAUGCCACAGAAUUACCUUUUCUUCACUUGCCAUCUUUGAAGGAGAAAAUGAGCAGUGGAUCAGUCCAAGGAAAAGAUUAUUCACCAGAACUGAACUUGAUCCUGCUUGGUAUCUUGAUGCUUACAGCCCGUUUUCAUCCCGAUCUGGUACGGUAUGUAACACAUUUACCAAGUCAACAUGGCACAAAUAUCCGAUCUUCCGCCUCCAAAACCAAUUCAGGACCGUUGUACGCCUCGGACUUCUUUGCCACUGCACUCACAACAGCUCUGGGCCCGCUAAGGACAGUCAUGGGUACUCUCACAGUUGAAAGAAUACAGUCUUUCCUGAUGCUUGGAUUAUUCGAAUGGAGUCAAGAGAAUGCCCCGAGUGCUUGGAUGUAUCUUGGGAUAGCCAUUCGCAUGGCCGAGCUGAUGAGGCUAGAGCAAGAUGACCGGCGAAUGGCUAUACUGGAAAACCAGGCAUCCGACACAAAAGGAUUCGAGAAGAGGUCACCAGAGAUUUCGAUAAUAAGAGAGACACGUCGACGGACAAUGUAUAGCUGUUUCAUUCUUGAUCGUCUGAUGAGCUUCGGGAGCGAGCGACCGCUAAGCAUUGCAGUCGAGAGCAUGUUGAUCCAGUUGCCAUGCUCUGAAAUGGCUUAUGACCUGUCUCUUGAAGUCUACACUGGACUAUUACAACCAUACGGAGGAUCGAGUCAGCCUCAGAUCAACGAUGAUAGCACGUUGAGCCGAUUUAUCAAUUUGGUCGAAAUAUGGGGCGAGAUUUCGAGGUACAUUUCGAUGGGUGGCCGGUUACAAGAAACGUAUCCCCCGUGGGACCCCAGGUCGACUUUCUACAAGUUACGAGAGAAGACAACUGCGUUCAACGAAGACCUACCUGGCACUUUCACAUUAUCUCGGCAGAACUACUACCGACAUGAUAACCACCAGGCUACCAGCACCUAUGUGUCUCUACAUAUGCUGGCUUCAAUUUGUCAAAUUGUUCUCAACCGGGAAUAUCUCCCGUUUCUCCCCCUGCGAUCCCGCGGGCCUCAGGGACCUCCCAUAGGCAACCAAACUGUACUCAACUUUGCACCAGAUCGAUUCUGGGAAGAGAGCGCAGAAGAUGUUUUCCAAGCAUCCCGUAACAUCAUCGACCUGGUUGGUCUCUGCAAGGAGAAGCUGCCUCUGUCCUCGCUGUCAAUAUUCUCUAUCUGGCUCGCUGGGUUCAUGUCUGUCUAUGCUCACCAUUUCCCGCAGAUUGAUACGAGCCAUCGAUUGGGUGAACAGGCUGAGAGCCCCCAUAUGGGAGAGAAUUUGAGUAUGCUUGAACAGGGACAGGCUGGGACAGUUUGUCAGGCAUUGCGAAGAGCCGCAACUUACUUGCCCAGCGCUCAAAGAUACCUGGAUAAUCUUGAGGCGGUAGACCGGUGUUUUACACAAGCAAAGAACUCGACGCAUGGAUCACUAAGUCUUAGGCUUGGCGAAGUUGGCCACGGUAGCGAACUCAACCAGACAGGAUCGCAAGAUAAACAACGACGAGGAGUAUACGAUAUGCAUCGCACAAACAGAAGCCCUAUGUCAGCGUCUCCGAAAACGAGAAACUCACACCGGCCCAUGCUGGAAGAACCCCCCAAACCCACCUCUUCAACGUCAAAGAGUCAACUCUCGCUGCUGGGGAUUGACGAAGGACCGCUGGCAAUGGAUACACCGAAGAUCUUCGUGGACAAUAUUGAGGCCUUGGAGUCGCAACGGAUGAGUUGGGUAUUGAAUGAUCUAGAGGCCUUCUCGGGCGCAGGAUCAUUAAGGGUUGCCUUCCUGGGAUAAAUAGAUGCUCGUUUUGGAGUUCUGUUUGGUAUUUCGAUACGGCGAAUCCGUGUAUAAUGAAUUAACGGUCAGAAUAGAGGUUAUGGGAUGAUUAUUUGGGCGCAUUUCAGGUAGACUGGCGGUAGUAGCAUUGACCUUUUGGCAUCUGGCAUUUUAUAUACCCCUGUGCAACGAGUGUAUUUAUAGCAUGUAAGAUGAAUCAAGUGAGUUUUCGCAGUGAAGCUUUGAUUCAAGGUAAUAGAGCGUUGAGACUCAGGCAGGAAGCAUCUUGACAUCAAGC